UCUUUUUUGUUCUUUUAGCAUCACAUGUAACAUUUCGCAGCUUGCAGUACUUGAAAAAAGAAGAUUUAAAGGAAGCAGUGCCACCAUUGGGACUGCGUGUUGAAUUCAGAGAAAAGCUCUUUGCUUGGAAAAAACGAAAGCUCGGGAUUGAUGACGAAACUAUGUCAGUUCCAUCUAAAAUAGGUGAAUGGUGGAAACGCAACGAGACACCUGCAAGUACUCCUGGUACUCCCGACACUACAGGUUCGAACUGCUCAAAAGCCAAAGGAAUUUUGUCAGAGGAUCUAACGGAAUUGUUAACACAUACCUCGAAGGGGAAACUAGCGCUUGAAUGUAGUAGCGUUAAUAAGAAAUUAAGUGACGAGCAAAGAGAUGAUAUAAUUAAUAUAAUUAUUGAAGAUAUUUUAACCAACAAUGUUACUCUUUACACUCAAGACUAUAUGCGCAUAUUGGAUGAAAUUUGUUCCGUUUUUCCUCUUGAAAACGAAAUGAGGGAUUAUUAUUACAUUUCAAGAAAAGGAAAGAACAACGCAAGCGGAAAACUUUAUGCCAAGUAUAGAAACAAGAAGUCCAAAAGAAUAAAGCUUUUGAUUUCCGAGCCUAGCACAAGCAAAGCAGCAACUCACACAUCUCCUAAUUUUUGUAACAAAGAUGUUCCCGAAAUUGAUGAAUCAGUUGAAAAUUCAUUGAAAGCUUCCUUACUAAGAGAAUGUAAUGAUUGGGGAUCGAUCUGCGAAAAAUGGAAAAGAUCUUUUAACAUACGGCAAAGAGAUAUAAAAAAUUUAAGUAGCCAUACAUUUCUCCUUGAAUGGACGAAGUUGUCCGAUGCAAGAGCUUCAGAAUUGGUAAGUAGCCAUGAGCUAUUUAUUUGUAUAUGGAUACUAAUGUUUCGUUUUAGGUCAACAUUGAUUUCGAUAUUAUGUAUCCACAGAAAGGCAAUCUUCUACUUUCUAAAUGGGACCAAUUUAAGAAAAAAAUUUACAAUUAUUAUGGGAAAAAUAUUCAUAACGAACAUUGCAAACAACUCUUCGCAAAUGUUUUGACGGCAAGCAGCAUAGGUAAAUUUUAAUUCCUGAUUUAUCAUAAACAUUAAAAGUAAUAUUUAUUUUAUAUUUCGGUUGCAGAUGCUCAAGAUUAUAUAUACGCAAUACUGUUGAAUUCAGUUUUACCAUCACCUGCUAGGUUUAAAUGUGGAAACGGUAAAUUACGAAAAAAAGUAACAAUAGCUGAUUCGCAGGAAAGUUUCGUACUGCGACUACCGACAAUUAACGAUUAUAAAAGGCAAAUUGAUACAGUCACUGAAAAGUAUUACAAUGCUGGAUUAACUAUACAGCCAUUUAUAAUUGUGGAGGGUUUGUCCGAUUUCAAUAUAAAAGGUUUUUAUGUUUUUUUUAACCACAAUUUGUUAAAAUUUCAAUCGUUCCUCGAAUGUUUAGAUACAUGUUUUAAAAUUUUUCAUGCACUUUCUUUAAAAUAUCCAAAUGCCUGCCAAAUUCCAUGGAUUUUUAUCCAAAAAUAUUUUUAUGAAAUUAAUACUGUAUAUGAUAUAAAAUCAGUUAAUUUGACUUCACUUAUUAAUUUCUGCAACAAUAAUUAAAGUACAAUUCAAAAUGUAUAUUUGCUUUCGUUGCCGUAAGCAUUUUGAUAAGGCAAAUCUUUUAAUAGCUCAUUUGAAAACAGACCAUUUAAUGUCCACUAAAUUUUUAAAAGUACAAUGCGUUCAGGACAACUGUAAGCAAACAUUUACAAAAUUUACGUCAUUCAGAAUUCAUUUAGAAAAACUUCACAAGAAUCACACAAAAGCUCCACCAAUGGUUAAAGCCAUUAAUGUGCCAGUUGAAAUGUCAUCAUCAAAAGAAAAUGAUUAUACAAACAGUGAAACUGUUAUUAACAACAAUACAAUAGAAAAGGAUUUAAAUGUUUUGAAAAAGAAAACCUUAUAUCUGUCUUUACAAUUACAUGGUCAAAGCUAUAUGCCUAGAAAUCAUGUUAUAGAAAUACAACAUUCUGUUUCAAUUCUGCUUUCAUCCAUUUCAUGUACAAUUGAAAAAUAUAUAACUGAUCAUCCAAAUUAUGAAGACUUAAGGUACUUACUAAACUUUUGUAAAAAUCCUUUCGAAGAAACUAGAACGGAAUAUAGACUUUUAAAAAUUUUAAAAGAACUAAACUUUUAUGAUGAUCCAAAGGUUUAUGUAAUUAGCAAUCAAGUCUCGGAAAUUGUUAUCAGCGGAAAUCCCAGUUUAGGUCCAAAGUUAUCCAAUAUUUAUAUAAUGCCACUGAAAUUCAUGAUA